AUGCAGCGUGCGGAGCUUCUGGAGUCCCUUCUUGAGGUAUCAACAAAUGAAGAAUGUACUUGCCAACUAAAAAACGAACUCGGCCAGUAUUUCAACCUUAUGGUGGGUGUUAUCUUGGAAUCGGCCAAUUUACUACCUCCACAGGCAUUGGGUACAUCCACUUUCAAUCAAUGUAUCUUUAGCCUCGGACAAACUGUUUCACCUAUCCGUCAACUCCUUCUCAAUUUGACCUCUGUGCGGAGCAUGCGUCAGCGUAUAUGUGAUGGACAAAUCCACUUGUCUUUACUCGUUUCGCUUCUGCCUGAACUGCAGGAUACGGCUUCCCGUCUUACAAUUGCUGGUAUCUUGAAGAAUUGUUGCUUCGAGGAGGAGUACCAUGGACGCUUGUGCUAUCAUUCAGAUGACAUGAUAGUCAGCGCUCUCAUUGUCUUAUGUGAUGCAAAUGAUGUUAUUAAAGAUGAAGAUUUGUGCAAGCUUCCACCUCCAAUUCGCGAGGUCUACCAUUCGAGGUCUGCAAAAAGGGAAUCUGAUGUCUUGGUUAAAACUACGAUUUGUGAGGCCUUGUUGCAGCUCUGCGCGACUAAAACUGGGCGUCAGUACCUUCGAAGCCUUGGGCUUUACUUCAUACUACGAGAAAUGCACCGUUUCGAGUGCGACGAGGAAAAUAUCCUAAAGACAACGAAACAAGGGAAGGAAUUGUUAACUCAGAAGAAUUUGGUUUUUGUCGUUGAGCAUGUGGUGGACCAACUUAUUUGUGAGGAAAAUGAGCGUCCUAAAGACUAUUCUAGCCUCCGAGAUGUACCCAUUGAUAAGGAGACGGAGGAGAAGCUAGACAAAGCUAAGUCUGCUUAUUUUAAUUCAACUUGA